GCAGGCAAUCAUGCUUCUGCACUUCAGCUGUCCUCCAGGGUGUGGAACUACUCAGGCUUUGUGAGCAUGGUAGGAUCGUCCAACAGGCAGAUGAGGAUCCAGCGGACCACUCCGAUCCCUCAGGAGAGAGGAGCAUGGGCCAGCAAGCUGGAGUUCAUUCUGACUGUAGCAGGGGCUAUUGUAGGACUAGGAAAUGUGUGGCGGUUUCCUUAUCUCUGCUACAAAAACGGAGGAGGUGCAUUUUUCAUCCCAUACGUGCUGUACCUGGUGACGUGUGGGAUUCCUCUUUUUAUACUGGAGAUAUCUCUGGGUCAGUACACUAGUCAGGGAGGAAUAACCUGCUGGACAAAGAUCUGUCCUUUGUUUGAAGGAUUGGGAUAUGCCAGUCAGGUGAUCAUUGUGUAUGGCAGCAUCACCUACAUUGUGAUCAUAGUGUGGGCCUUUCUUUACCUUCUAUCAGCCUUCAGUUUGGAGCUACCCUGGGCCAGCUGUAAAAAUGCAUGGAAUACAGAUUCUUGCAUAGUCUAUGAUGGGAAGAAUUCAAGUCUGAACUGGACAUCUCCUCUCAAUGCCUCCUCAUCUGUAAUGGAAUUCUGGCGUCACAGAGUGUUGCACCUUAGCACUGGGAUGGAGAAUCUGGGUGGAGUAAGGUGGGAUUUGGCUCUGAUUCUCCUGCUUGUCUGGAUUAUUGUUUACUUCUGCAUCUGGAAAGGAGUGAAGUCCACUGGCAAGGCUGCCUACUUCACAGCAACUUUCCCGUACGUGACACUUCUGGUCCUGCUGCUGCGAGGAGUGACGCUGCCUGGUGCAGCUGACGGCAUUUACUACUAUAUGUACCCCAAUGUUUCACGACUAGCUGAUCCACAGGUUUGGAUGGAUGCUGGUACUCAGGUCUUCUACUCUUAUGCCAUAUGUUUGGGUUAUCUCUCCUCUCUUGGCAGCUAUAACAAUUAUUACAAUAACUGCUAUAGAGAUUCCUUCUAUUUGUGCCUGUUGAACAGUGGGACCAGUUUUGUGUCUGGUUUUGCCAUCUUCUCUGUGCUGGGUCACAUGGCAAAGGAGCAGGGGGUGGAUAUCUCUGUAGUGGCAGAGUCUGGUCCUGGGUUGGUGUUUAUAGUGUACCCACAGGCGGUCACUCUGCUGCCGUGGUCUCAGUUCUGGGCUGUGUGCUUCUUCACCAUGAUCAUCCUGCUCGGCUUGGACAGCCAGUUCGUGGGGCUGGAGAGUAUCAUGACAUCAGUGACGGAUGUGUUUCCCAGCGUGCUGAGACGUGGCUAUCGCAGAGAGCUUCUGCUGUUAGCACUCUGCCUCUUCUGCUACCUCAUGGGACUGUUUAUGAUCACAGAGGGUGGUCUUUAUAUCAUCCAGCUGUUUGAUCAUUACGUAUGCAGCGGUGCCACUCUGCUGUUCUUAGCAAUCUGCCAGUCUGUGGCUAUGGGAUGGGUUUAUGGUGCUGAACGCUUCUAUAAGAAUAUACAGGAUAUGAUUGGCUAUCGGCCUUGGCCUAUGGUAAAAUAUUGCUGGCUCUAUGUCACUCCUUCUAUCUGUUUGGGGACUUUUAUCUUCUUCCUGAUUAGGUAUAGUCCUCUGAAGUUUAACAACAUAUAUGUAUAUCCAUGGUGGGCAUAUGGCCUUGGCUGGUUCCUGGCUUCAUCCUCGCUCUCCCUUAUUCCAAUCACCAUGAUCUACAAGCUUUACAAGGGCAAAGGGACAAUUCAGGAACGUCUCCAGGUCGCCUGUAACCCAACAGAUGAUCUGCCUCAGUCACAGAGGGACCCAGCUGGACACUGCCCUCUACCACCCUUCACAGAGGGAGAAAAGAGAUCAAAUAACCUGUAGGCCUCCAAAACAUCACACAGUACUUCUUUGCCAUAAGCAUUGCAUUUCCACCCAAGUGUUUGCGGUCAAUUUCAAAGGUGAUUUUUUUAAAAAAUACAUACAGGUUCUCUCAGUAAUGUCUUGCAAUAUAAGAAAAAAGAAUGCAAGAAGAACACCAAGAAUUUUGUUUGUAUACAGAGCUGAAACUAUACAUUUUUAUACAAAACAUUUAUACAAAUACUACACAGAUGUGUAUUGCAUAGAAAUGUAUGUAGGUGCUGGUUCAGUACAUAUACUUGCUGAGCACCUUAUGUACACCAUCCUUGUAUGUACACCAUCCUUGUAUGUACACCAUCCUUGUAUGUACAAUCGCUGUCCAUUUUAUCAGCUCCACUUACCAUAUAAGAGGACUUUGUAGUUACAGACUACAAUUACAACCUGAAGUGCAUCUGUUUCUGUGCAUGCUUGUUAGCCCCCUUUUACCCCAUUCUUCAAUAACCAGGACCCCCACAAGACCACCACAGAGCAGGUAUUAUUUGGAUUCUGGAUCAUUCUCAGCACUGAACACUGACUUGAACACUGACAGGUGGAUCAGACACAGCAGUGCGACUGGAGUUUUUAAACACUGUGUCCACACACUGCGCACUCUAUAAGACACUCCUACCUUGUUGGGCCACCUUGUAGGGAAAGCUCAUUUGUUGCUGCACAGAUUGUGUUGGUCAUCCUCUAGUGCUUCAUCAGUGGUCACAGGGCGCUGUUGGCUAUUUUUGGUUGGUAGACUAU